AUUAUUUUAUUAAAAUUAUCGUAGAUUCAUCAAGAAAUGUAGUUUCAUGUGAUCGUCUUAUACAGUAGGUGGCGGUGCAUCCUCCAGCUGACUCACGUACAACAUGGAAAUGAAGACACGAAGAAGUAGCAUUUUGUGUACAGUUAGCAAAAGGGCAUGUUUGCUAUGACGGCAUUAAAGUUAGAUAUUGGCGGGCUUUGCUAUGUUUUUCGUAACGUUUGUAAUAGUUUUUCGUGCUCAAAUCCUUCGGUUACAAAAACAGAUCAAAUAAACAGUCAUGUAUUAAGUGGGUAAUUAACUAGCGGUUAGCCUGCUAUCUGCAGCUGCGUGUCUCAGUUGACUGAAAUGUCCUAUAGACGGGCACUGGUGGAUUGUGCGGUGUUGUCUCUGCAAGAUCCCUGUGUGUUUUAUCCGUGUUGCAGAUGCUGUUUCUCCAGGAUUGAUGUUGACCAGCAGGACACUACGAGAUGCAGAUGCUUCAAGUGUGGUUACAAGUGUCUGAGAGAACAGGUGGAUUACAGGUACCGUCUCUCACUGAGGGUGGCCCGGGACGGACGUAUAUUCGGGAUAACAGUAUUUGGAAACAGCUUGAAACCAUUCUUUGGCAUUCAUGCAAAUGAAUUACAAAGAUUGGUGGAAAACUUGGACAGACCCGUGGAACAAUCUAGAAGACUCACAUUGCUGGUGAAGGCAGUCGAGGACUGUUUCAUUGGCAGACAUUUCAUUUUUGGUAUAAAGGUGAUGGAAGCAGAAAGUGCGCUUUGGUUUGGAGGACCUGUUCUUAGUGGCUCCAACAGUAAAAAUGCAGCACAGUUUGUUGCUACUCAGAUGAUUCUUCCCAAAGCAACGGGAAUGGGAGGAUGCACCGUGGUCAGUUAUUAUCGGGUUCUUCUUCAGAAAGCUUCUGAAUCUGAACUUGCAUCUGCUGAUACCAGCAGAAUCUCCAGUCUUCCAGCAACAACCCCGCUCCUCAUUCAUGAUCAUUCUCCAACUAGCAGCUUUAGUGAUGCCACACUAUCUGCCUCUCAUCUUUUGCCCCGAUCACUUCAAAGAUCACGUUACAUAGACUGCACCCUUACUCCCACAGCUCCAUGGCAGCAAUCUCUUGGACUGGUUACAUCAUCAGCAGAGCAGGAAGAAGGCUGCAGUACCCAGGAAUGUGGAGAUGAAAACAGAAGUCAGGCUGACAAAAGUGUAACACCAUAUCUUGCACAGAGGGGUUGCCAGGAAAACCAAAAAGUGGAAAAGGACUUGGCUCCUUUUUUCUCAUUGCAGCACAGUUUUUAUGAGAGUCCAUCAUCUGAGAAGGGAGCUGGAAACAGCCUUAGCCUAAAGACUUGGUUAAGGCCGUCCCAGUAUUGUCAGAAUAGCCCCAAAGAAAAGGAGUUUUCUACUGGACAGCUCACCAGAACAUUUUCAUCAAGCUCAUUGGCUUGGAACGAUUUGCCUUUCUCUGAAAGUCUGACAGAGUUUUUAUGUGAAGCCAAUAAAGAUUUUGACACUGAUAGAGAUACGAAACAAGUUCAGAAUGUUCACUGGAAGGAAGUAAAGGCAAGAAAUAACCUGGGAAACAGCAGCUUAAUAAGUGAAACAUCUUCCCAAAGAAAUGCACAAAUAACAGACAGGCAUUUGCAAGCAUUGUUGGAUGCCACUAAUACGCCUGCAACAAAUGGAUGUGGCUCACAUGAUUCAGCCAGCAAAGAAUGCAAGAACCCUCUUCUGUUUGUCAAAAGGAGUCAAGAUAGAAACAUUUAUUCCCAUGGGUGUUAUCAGGUGGAUGGCACAGCUAGUUCACUGUCUUUUCAAAAGGAGGAAGAAAAGCAGCUUGAGGGGGAUGCCUACAACUGUUCAGCAGAUCUGUUUGAUAGCUCAGACACGAUCAAUCUUGAAACGGAGAGGUUCACCAUGCAUGCAGAAGCCGUCGGUGAUGGCAUGGAAGCUUGCUCACAGUUUUCCAAGGCAGAUGAGCAUCAUCUGAUUUAUGAAAAUGCGAAUGUGACACAAUCAACACCAGAUAAAGGGAAAUUUAAAAAAAGUAAAUGCAGGGAGAGUUUGAUUCCACAAGACACAAAAGAAUUGGACUUUGUCCCUCCCUCUCAGUCCACACCCAUUGUAAAACUAGGCGUCGUAUCAUACUCAUGUGUUGACUUGUACAAAAGCGUGACAGGUGAAUUCAGUUCACAGCCUGUCAAUCAAAAAAGUUUUAAUGCAAAUUUACAUGAAAUGGAGAGUAAAAACAAUUCUGUUCAUAAACUGAACUGUGGUAAUGCUGACCAGGCUUUGCAGAGUGAGAUGGAAUCUGUCAAAGAAAACUUUGUGUGGAGAACUACAUCCAGCAGACACAGCCACAAACUUACCCCCAAAAGAAAAUUCUUGAAACCAGUCGAGCAUAAAAACAGUCUACAACCUCUGCAGCACCUUAGGGUGCAGGAAGAGGCUCUAAACCGCAUGUCAAUCAACUGUAAAGCAAGAUUUAUUGACGUGUCAGAGUGUGGCUAUGACAAUGAAGCAAUUGUUCCUCCUACACCUGCGAGUAAAAUCCAACAAAGUGUGCCAAUUCGCAAAAGAAAGCUGACAGACAACCGCAACAAUUUUGGUUCCAUCGAGUGUGUGCUGAGAAAGACAGAAAAUUGUGACAGUGAAGAGGUUAGCGAAGGGAUUCAUGGGAGCCAGACAUGUGACUGCUCUAGAGAUCUGUUCUCUGACUCUUUCUGAGACAUUGUGUUGCAGAGUGACUUGUAAGAAAUCGUGCUCCAUUGGAGUAAUACUGCUGUUAUUUUACUCUGUGUGAAACAGAAAAAGAGGGCUCAUAUAUUAAACACUAUAGAUAGAAGAGAGAUGCUGUCUUGACCUUCAAGUUUGCACUUUGACUGAAAGUGUAAUGAAUUCGCUUUCUCCGCCUUUUUCAUCAAAUGCUUAGUCUAACUCAAUGUUUUUAAUUUUUAUGCACUGUUUAGAAAGCGCUUUUAAUUAAAUGAAAUAUAUAAACAUGUUACAUUUACCACAAUCAUUGCCUGGUCUUAUUACAACCUGAGCUUAGCAGCAGUUAAGGUGGGGCAAAAUCUCAUUAACGACUAUGGUUUUUGAAACAUGUAUAGAAUGUGUUUGUAUGUCCACAUACUUAUAGAUCCAUAUUUUUGAAAGUAUUACUGUCUUCUUUGAACACAUUAAGGCUUUUUUCUAAAGGCUCAAGUGACUAAAAGCUUGAGCUCACAAGCGUAUGAAAAAUUAUAGCUAUUUACUUUAAGAUGUUUGUAAGGUUAAUAUGUAAUUAAGUGGAUAUUUAAUUGCUAUCUAUUCAAGGACAAUAACAUUUUUAUUUUAUGUUUUCAUUUGUUUAUAUUAAUACAUGUCAAUGUAAAUAAAGAUGAAAUACUAUUACAAAAGAUUAUUUAUGGAACAAAGGUCCCCUGAUAGUUUAAGGCAUGCUUUAGGCCACAAAAGCCAACAACACUGUCACAUCCUGAAAGCUCUCCAGUAUAAUUUGAAUCACACCAGAGUCCUAAGCAGACCUACUGUUCUCCUGGGUUCACACUGCAGUUGUGCCUUUCGAGGGGUGUUUAUGUUGGGAUGAGUGUGUAAGGUGUCAUGCCAGAGAGCCAAGAAUAGCAGCAAUGACUACAAUGUUCUGGGGGGUGUGAUCAAAAUAGAGAGAGAUGAAGACGAUGUUACAUUGGUAAAACUGGAAGUGGAACAAGUGAACAGCUGGAGCCUUGUACUGCAUGUGUUACAGAAACAAGAUUGGCAUGUAGUCAGCUGGGUACGGCAUUAUUGUGUCUGUGUGUGAAUGCACGUGCCUCUUUGGUUGGUACUUGUAUCUUAAAAAUGCUUAUGUGCACAGUUUAACUGAUUUUGGAAAACUCAUGUGAAUACAUGUGACAUGUGAAUUUGCUGUUCAUUUGGUUUCGCAAAUGAUUAUGCAUGGGUGUAUCACAAAGUCUUGGUUUGCCAGACAGGUGGUUGAGACCGAAAUAUCUCUAAAUCCCAUGUACCAUGAUGUUGGUAAUGGCCAUGUGACGAUACCUAUGAUCCCACUAUAUGUUAAUCUACUUGAUGCAAUGGCAGAAGAUUGCUUUUGAGGAUCCCCUGCUUUUAUUAUAUAUUUUUUUCCACUAGGAGCACAGACCAAAUGAGAUUAUUAUUGGAAAUAAGUCAAACGUUUUUGAUUUACUUCCAUGCUGCAUGUGAUAGUCAUCAAAGACCAUUAUCAGAUAAGAAUGAAAAAGAAGCUAUUAUACUAGCUUGGUUUUGAUUGUUGUUUCUCUUCUGUUAACCUUGUCAAACGACAUAUUCAACAUUAUGCUUUGAUGUCCUCCAGCAACCAUGGUUAACAGCCAACUAAUAAUGCCCUAAAGGACAUUUUCAGUCACGAAUGGAUUCCAGGAUCUGUGCAGUGUAUUUUUGCAAGGCUUCUUCUUGUGGAGAGAUGAAAAACAGACCAUGUAUUUGGUGUCGAGAGUUUUAUGAGUACGUGACAAUUUCUUUGUGAAAUUUUGCUUUGGUGCCUGUUUUUGGAUUAGUUCACAGUGACAUCCAGCUACUACUGCAAUGUGGUUAUUCUGCUAUCUGUUGUUAGCUGCUUCAUUAAUAAAAAAAAAAAAAAGUAUCCUUUAGUUUCAGUAAGUUUAAUUACAUGAUUUAUGCAAAUGGGAAACACAAAAUGAAUGUUUUCAUAUUCUGAAUGAAUGUGGAAAUGCAAAUGUGAUGAUUCAGGACUAGCAAGUAUUGCAAUUUGCAACUUACUGCACUAGUUUACAUAAAAUAUAGGUGAUAUAAAUGGGAUUGUUUUUGUUUCUAUGUAAAUUAGUCCUUAGCCUUUUGAGGCUUUAUGAGUGAAGCCCCAUAACAUCAUAUUGUUCCAAAACCUGCAGCUGUGUCUGUGAGCAAGGGAGACACUGCCUUUGCAUGCAGCAGUACAGUACGUGAGUUAUGUCACCAAGCACCCAGUGAAUGGAAACAUUCAAAGCCACGGUGUGCCAAGCUUAAAGUACGUGUGGUACUCUGAGAGAGAAAGGGGUGGGAGGGGCUGAGGGGCACGGUUACGUAAUUCAAAUAAUUACUAUAUAGGGCAGAUUGAUUAACUAUUAAAAUUCUGUUUUUGUUCAUACUAUGUAUAUGCUUUCUUUGACAUUCUUUUAAAAUUCGGCUGCAGUGAGAGGCAGAAAUCAUGAGACACAGAGUCAUGCAUUAAGAGUCACCUGGCUGGAGUUGUACUAUUAAUCAUACAGUGAUGUCAUGCACCUCAACCAUUGGCCAGCUAAGAGAUACAAUUUUGUGAUACUUUGCCUGUUCAUUCUACCUACAUUGCACUGUGGCACUCGAUGACUUCACAUUGCGUAUACUAAAAGUACUAAUGCUAAAGCGGACAUUUUUAACACCUGGCAAAAUAUUCAUUUUCCAUUUUCUUGUACUUUUAUAAACAUGUUAUAAUGAAGC